AUGGAGAUACCUGCAGCGGGAGACGUGGCGGUCAUCUCACAUUCUCAACACCAUAACCAAGAUCACCAAGAUCACCAAGACCAACAGAGUGAACCGCAGACCGGACAACAGCAAUCAGAACACCAAUACAUCGACCCUGCUCUCUCUUGCCCGGCCGCUCCAUUCCCCACUCCAACCCACCUCCUCUCUGCUUUUCCUAAAAAGCGCCGCGGCCGCCCCCCUGGCCGCCCCAACACCACGGUACGCGAUGCGGACUACGAACAUAACCCCCUGGUGAAGGCGUGGAACGCGGCCAAGAAUGACCGGGCUAUUCCGAUGCUCUCGAUUCGCAUUCGCGAUGCUCUAACAGAGCAGUCCCUUGUUCACGAGACACAGCGCGCCAUCUUCCGUCUGCCGAGCCGAGAGACAAUACUGUUCGUGCAGGGCUGGAUUACAGCCAAGCACAUCGCCUCGCAGCGGCCCAGCUAUGUCAACGGCUUGUUGAUUCACUCGAGAGGGCAAGACGCCCCGUCAUCAUGUCUCCAGUGUAGCGAGAAGCGAGCCAAGAGCACCCUCGGCCCCUUUCUGACCUGCCGCGUCCUGCCGGGGAGCUACCACAACAGCUGCUCCAACUGCAAGUGGUUCGACAACACUUCGAACUGCUCGCUUUACACGGGGCCGAAACCAAACCGGAAGCGCAAGGCCAAGGAGCAGCUUCCACAGCCACCGGCAGCCGGUUUUGGGCCGCCUGAGAACGCUGACGGCACCAAUGGGCACGACACUGCCACUGCUGCCGAGGCGAGCGGUGAGGGCAGCGCCCUGCCUACGUUGCAGCCACUUAACCAUCAACCACCAGAACAUCUCGCGAUGCCCAUUUCACAUCCUGCUGGUAACAACAACCAAUCCGUCCAUUCACCGCCACACACCGAAGUCAGCGGCUCCGAGCAUCCAGAUGCGCCCAGUCAGUCCGACUCCGUGGCAAACUCCCAUUUUAUCCUGCCCAAGCAUAACCAGGAUGAGGACGCACACGAGGUGGAUGAUGAUAACGCCGAGUGA